AGACGCUCGUGGCAGGAAGUCGUGGUUAGAGGAGGAAAUGUCAGAGUAGAAGCUGGCGGAGGUUUGAUGGAGCUCUGACUGCAGACACCUUGUGCACCUGCAUCUGCUGUAGGUCCAGGACCACCGAUGGCCAUGAUCACCAGGAACUUCACUUGAUGGGACCAGUCGCUGAAACCAUGAAUGGGGAGAAAAAAAUGCAUGAGGACGACGGAGAACCUUGGCUUCCUGUGCAGAGGGAGCGCUCGUACACCAGCGGCUCCCUGUCUGGCAGCUCCGGGCUGAAGAGGCGAAAGCAGGGAGAAGCCCCCCCAAACCAGGUACCUGAGGAAAAGGAGCCCAGCAAUAAGAGGGUUAAACCUGUCACCAAAGCAUUGUCGGCGACCAGCGCCCCCCACCAAACUAAAGUCACCCCCCUGAAGAAACUCAGCCUUUCCAUCCAGCACUCCAUUGGCAGUAAGAACGACAGCCGCCUGUUCAGCUUUUCUCCCCGAAACUGCAACCCUGGAAGCGGAGGGAAAAAGAGGGGCAACAAGCUGUGGAGCGAGACCUUCGGCAACUCCAGGGAGCUGUCUGCACGAGAGGUCAAAAGACAGGAGGUGAUCUUUGAGAUGACACAAGGAGAGCAUCAACUGAUAGAGGAUCUCAACCUGGUGAAGAAGGCUGUAAGCAUUUCUUCUGUUUUGCCCCAGAAUUACUACGAGCCCAUGUUAAAGCUCGAGAUCAUGUCUCCGGAGGAGUUAAACCAGAUCUUCGGCAUCAUCGACACGCUGCCCCCGCUGCACCAGGAUCUGCUUAAUAGGUUACAGCGCCUAAGGGGAGAGGACGGCACCGUGCGCCAGGUGGGACCCGCUCUGCUGGACUGGCUGCCCGGCCUUCACUCCUACGAUGCCUACUGCAGUAACCAGGCGUCUGCCAAAACGUUGCUUGAUCUCAAGAGGCGCGAGCCCGCGGUGCACAACUUCCUGCGCCUGUGCCAGGAAUCGGCGUUCAGCCGCAAGCUGGACCUAUGGAGCUUCCUGGACCUUCCCCGGAGCCGGCUGGUCAAGUAUCCGCUGCUGCUGAAGGAAGUGCUGAGACACACGGGGCCGGAGAACCCGGACCACGCUCCGCUCAGCCAGUCGGUCCUCAUGGUCCAAGAGAUUGUUACCCACAUUAACAGAAAGACGGGCGAGGCAGAAUGCGACUCCUAUCGCAGGAGGCUCUCCUAUCUUUACGAGAGUCAGAAUGAAGGCGACGUCUCCCGCUCCAACUUCCUGCACUGCCACGGGGAGCUCAGGAACAACAAAGGGCAGAGGCUCCACGUCUUCCUGUUUGAGAAGGUCCUUGUCGUCACUCGGCCAGUGUCACAAAAUGACCAGCUGCAGUUCCAGGUGUAUCGGCAGCCAAUCCCUUUGCUGGAACUUGUGCUGGAGGACCUGCCGGAUGGUGAAGUGAGAAUUGGCGGCUCCAUCCGCGGGGCUUUCACCCCCACUAAUGAACGAGCCAAGAAUUUCUUCCGCGUGAGCUUCCGUGACCGGACGAGGGGACAAGCUCAUACCUUACAAGCCAACGACUCUUUUAACAAGCAGCAGUGGGUUAGCGCCAUACGGCAAGCCAUGGUGGCAAGCCGAGACCACGAAUCCAAACAGGGAUCCCCCCAGGAUCUACCCUGCACGCUAAUGAAUAUCUCUGACCUGAAACUGAGCUGCCAUGAAGACUGCACAGAGAGAGAAGAUGGAAAGAGGGGAACGGGCCACGUCCAUAAGUGAUGAACCAGGAAAUGUUCUGUGGAAAUGUGUGCAAAUCUUAAAAUAGAGUAACACGGCCUGAGUGACAACAGCGUAUUGCCCCUUGUUUUUUAAAUAAACUUCUGUUGUUAAAUCCCC